UGAUGCCAUAGGUUAUUGAGCAAUUAUUUUUUUAUUAUGGUUUAUUCUUUUUUGGAGCUUUCCAGCCGGUGAAACAAUGUUCCAGCAGCUGCAAUCAAGAUGUUAUGGUCUUGGCGAUAGGCAGAUGUUGUACAAUGCCGCAAGAGGCAAUGUGGAUUUUAUACAACGGUUAAAGCUCGAAAGGAAGUUGGAAGUGCAUUCUGGAUGUGUGAACACAAUUUGCUGGAAUGACAAGGGUACAAGUAUUUUAUCUGGGUCAGAUGACCAACAUUUAAUGAUCACAAAUCCCUACACUGGAAAAGUAAUUCACAAGAUUCAUUCUGGUCACAGACAAAACAUCUUUAGUGCAAAGUUUCUUCCCAGCAGUAACGAUACUGAGACAGUGAGCUGUUCAGGAGAUGGGAAAAUUUUCUACACAAAUAUAGAGCGUAAUGACACUAACGGGACAUACCUGUUUGACUGCCACUUUGGAACAGCGUACGAGGUAAUAGUUAUUCCAAAUGAAGCAUCAACAUUCCUGUCAUGUGGUGAGGAUGGCACUGUGAGGUUCUUUGACCUUAGGGCUAAAACGUCAUGUAAUAAAAGGUCUUGUAAUGAAGAUGUGCUCAUUAGCUGUAGAAGUGCAUUAACGGCUCUCACAGCUAACCCAGUGUUACCAUGGCAACUAGGUAUAGGAUGUUCUGAUAGUUCUGUCCGAGUUUAUGAUAGGAGAAUGCUGGGAACUAGAGCUACAGGAAACUACACUGGUAAAGGUAUUACUGGACUAAUGUGCUCAUUCACUCCGCCAAGUUUGGAAAAAGAGUCAUAUAGAGUUACCUCCCUUAACUUCAGCCCUGACGGAAAAGAUGUCCUGGUCAGCUACUCCUCACAGUUCAUCUAUUUGUUUGGAACAGAUAAUAAAGAAGAAUGCAGAGAAUUUUCAAAAGAUGUUUCAAAAACACAGGAAGAAUCUGAGUCAAAGCAGACUGAUGAUAACUGUGAUCAAACUGGUACUUCCCUGCCUAAAACAGCCAAGUCCCAUACAACAUUAGCUGAGCCUAGUGAAGGGGCAUCAUCAUCUAGAUCUGAAGAUGACAGUUUGACAAGAGCACCACCUGUGAAACGUCUUCGUCUCCGUGGUGAUUGGUCUGACACCGGUCCUACAGCACGACCAGAAAGAGAGCGUCAAACUGGAUCAGAGGGUCAAGCUUCUAAUGACAAUGAGCAAUCAUCACCUGCAGCAGGUACCGGACCAGGUGGUCCUAGAUCUGCAAUUAUGAAUCGUAUGUCAGACCUGUUGACUCGUUGGUUAUAUGGCAAUUCAAGAGAAGGCUCAGAUCAGCCAAAUGAACAAGAAGGAAACCAGCCUGCUCCUACCGGGACUGAUUCUCAGUCACAUGAAAAUAUUCUCUCUCAGAGUCAGUCUACAGGAAAUUCACAGAACCAGUCUUCACCUAAUGAGACUGAUUCUCAGUCACAUGAAAAUGUUCAAUCUCAGAGUCAGUCAACUGAAAAUUCACAGAAUCAGACUGGUAGCAAUGAAAUGUUUGCAAGCCCUGUAUCUGAAGAAUCUCAAGCUCAGUUUGAUGUAAGAAAUGAUAAUGUUGAAUUGACACAUGGAAUUCAGUCAGAAACCACUGAGAGAUCAGGUGAUUUAUGUGCUGAUGGAAAACAUGAAACAUUAAAUAUCAAAGAACAAACAUCACAAAUUGGUCAAUUGACAUUUGGAAGUGAAAAAUCUGAACAAGACUCCUCUGAUUCAAAAUCAGACACAUCUCAAACUUCUUUUGUCCAAAAGAUUGAAUCAAUGCGUGUAGAUGACAGUGAUCGUUGUUUCCCUAUUGAUGAAGUAGAAAGUGCUGGUACAGAAGAUACAUACAAUCCUAGAGAACCUACACUGUAUCCAGUUUCUCAAGUGUGUAAUGAAGCACAGGAAACAGAUGUAAAAGUUGACUCUAUUGCUAAGGGCUUGCAAGAAAAACAGUCAGACUGUGCUAAGCUUGCUUCAAAAGAUGAGGCAGGAACUAGUAGUGUGUCCCAGUCUGUGGGGGUACAAAAAGUGCAUCAAAGUGGGCAAAAUGAUAAUGAUACAUUAACUGUAGACUCUACUGGAAAUGAAGCUUUAAGUUAUAAUUCUGAUGAAACUGGUCAAUACCGUGAGACAGUGUCAGCCGCAAUUAGUUCCCUUAGAGCUCAAAAUGUCCAACCAGUCGUAAGUUUGCAUUACUCGUCAGAAGGCACAUCUGCUAGCAUGAUAAAGGUUGGUUUUACAAGGUUUCAGAGUCUGGAAGAGGAGAUGACAGAAGAUAAUCGUGAAGUUGGAGUUGCAAGUUCUGAUAUUGUUGAUCAAAGUUUAGAUAGACAUAUUGCUGAUACUGACGAGGACAGAAAUGUACCUCAUGUUAGUAAUAGAACUGAUUUUAAUGAAAUGACAGAUGAUGAUAUUGAUGUUGACAAUGAUGUGAGUGAAUUACCUGAAUCAAACAAGUCUAAGAUUGAUGUGAAAUCUGAUUCAGAAAUGCAAGUAGUUAAGUCAGAUAAGGUUAUUAAAAAAAUUUUGAAUUUGAAUGAAACAUUUGCUAAUGAACACAGUUUACAUGCAAUGAACAAAGACUGUGAUACUGAAAGUGCAUUUAAACCUUUCUCUAUAAAAUCCUCUGAUAAUAAACAGCAUUUAGUUCUUGACAAAAGUCAGAAAGAGACUGAUCUAAGUAAAGUUUCUCCAGAUGGAGCAUCAGAUGAAAUGCCUUCAUGUAGUUAUAGUAUUAAAGAGCCAAGCCUUGAAAUGAUAUCAGAGGAAAGUGAUGAUGUUGUAGAUGUUGAUAAAUGUACUAACAAUCGAACUGAGCCUGCUCAGAUAGAAUUUGACUGUUCAAAAGGUGCCUCAAACGAGCCAGUAAUUGUGGACAGAGCCGAGAGAAUGGAAAUAGAUAAUGAGCCAAGUACAAAUUCACAACAAGGAAGUGAGAGUUCAACGAGUGGCCAAAGUACAUCAAGACGUAGACGUAUAGGACAUAGUGGACCUCCGACUGGUGACUUUCAGUUAGACGAGCCUGGUACCAGAAAUAGAGAUACAGAUAGCAGUGAUGAAGAUGAACCAGAACAAAGUGCUGCAAGAAGAAGGACUGAUUUUGAGAGAACAACUGCAGCUCUGAAGCUACAGGCAUUACAUCGUUUACGUCAGGAGGCGAAAGAGAAAAAAGAAAUGCAGACAAAAAAUGUAUUUAUGCCAAAGGUCAAGAGAGUUUUCAAAGGUCACAGAAAUGCUAGAACUAUGAUAAAAGAAUCGAACUUUUGGGGAGACAAGUUUGUGUUAAGUGGAUCUGAUUGUGGCCAUGUGUUUAUCUGGGAUAGAUAUACCAGCAAGGUGGUCAUGUUGCUAGAGGCUGACAAACAUGUUGUCAACUGUGUCCAACCACACCCGUUUCACACAUUGUUAGCAACAAGUGGUAUAGACUAUGAUGUAAAGAUAUGGGCACCUCUACUACAACAGUCAGGCUUUGAUGAGGAAAGAGCACAUGAGGUAAUUCAUCGGAAUGAGAUUAUGUUAGAAGAGACCAGGGAUACUAUCACAGUACCUGCAGCAUUCAUGUUAAGAGUUCUUGCCUCAAUCAACAGUAUUCGUUCAGGUAGAAGAGCAGCAGGGAGAGAAAAUGUGGAGAAUGUUGAUGGAGACCAGGAAGAACCUGCUGCUACUGAUGAUGAGUAACAUUUUUAGUCAACAUACAGUGGAACCCUGGUUGAAUGUCACAGCCAUCCAUAUACAGUUGAGCCCUUCUGAAGGCUUCAUCCAUCCAUAUACAGUGGAAAGUUGAUUGAAUGUCACAGCCAUUAAUUAAUAUAUAGUGGAACCCUGGUUGAAGGAUACAUUCAUUCAUUGUCAAUGCAACUUAAUUGGAUGCCACGCUGGAACCCUGGCUGAAUAUCAAAGCCAUCCAUAUUACAGCGGAACCCUGGCUGAAUAUCAAAGCCAUCCAUAUUACAGCGGAACCCUGGGUGAAUAUCAAAGCCAUCCAUAUUACAGUGUAACCCUGGCUGAAUGUUACAGCCAUCCAAAUACACUGUAACCCUGAUUGAAUGUCAUAACCCACUGAAUACACUUGUGAUUCACACCAUCAGUCAUAUACACUAGAACCUUGGCUGAAUGUCACAGACACAGAAUGUCACAGCUAUCCAUAUUCAGUGAUACUGUGAUCUAAGUUCUCAGUCAACAAUAUAAAAUUUUAUUGUAGUUUGGAGACCUUUUGGUUGAAAAUGUGUCGAGGUUAAAUGGUAUGUACAUACAUGCAGUGCAUUAACUGGAGUGCAAGUAUUAGUUAUCAACACUCCAGAACAUGCCCAUUGAUUAUCUCAAUUUUUUUCUGAGGGUCACUUAUUAUGAUGACAGGGAAAGGGAUAACAAUAGAAAAGUCAUAUUCGUUCGUUGAUUACUUUUUCUUGGGUUUCAUAUUGUUAAAACUGGCAAAGUGUUUUUAUUUUGGUCUAUGAUUCAAAAGAGAAAGAACAUCAUAAAACUUAGCAGUCAGACAGUCUCAAGUUUCGAUUGCUCUUUCUAUUACUAAAACAGUUGUUAAAGAUCUUUGUUACCAUAUUGAUUUACAGUAAAACCCAAGUCAAUGGCCAUAGUCAUCCAUAGUCUGUCAACCCUGGUGUAAGAUCCAUGCAUUUCAUGUUUAUAAACCCUCGUGAAAAGUCGCAGCUACAAGGUAUAAAGUUUCUGUCAUUCAUGUGUACUGAAAACCUUCUCAGAGAAAUUUUACUUAACAUGUUUGCAAGCAUAAGCUUUUAAUUUUCAUGUGUAUGUCAAGCUUUGUUGAAUCAAUGUUAACAUAGGUUUAGUAUAUUGCAUGUUAAACUAAUUAUGAUUUUAUAUGAAUGUGUUAUUAAUAACUUACUGUAUUUAUUGAAAUAUAUUUAUCAUCUUUCUUGAAUUUUAUUAAAAUUUACAAUGUACUGCCCCUAUUUUUUCUUAAGUGUACACACUAAUACAUAAUUUAGAAAAAGGAGCUACAUAUGAACUGCCAGGUUUUAAUUUUAACUAUUUUAUAUAAGAUCAAUGUAGCAAAUAAUAACAAUUUACUACUGUAGGUUGUUCUGCUUUUACACAACCCAUACAUAUUUUUUUUAGUGAAUUUUAGCAGUGUUUUGCAAAAAAUGGGAAUUUCAUGUUGGGCAUCUUUGGCCAAGUGGUUGAGGUUCCUGGCUUCAAACUGAUUGCCCCUCCUCUCCAUAGGUUCUAAUCAGGAUCAAAAUUAAAAACUACUUUUUUUUUAUAUGUUUAUUCCCAUAGAUUAAAUUAUAUUUAAUGUAACCUUGUUAAAUGGGACAAGGAUCUGUUGUAGAAUUCAUUGGGAUAUAAAAUUUAUGUACACAAAUUAUAAUGAAUUUUAAGUAGUUUAUAUAAAUAUCAAACUUCUUCUUCACUGCCACAUCAAUUAUGACAACUCUAAAUUACGAAUAGAAAGGUUUUAGAAAAUUAACAGAUUUGCAUUAAGAAGAGUUUGUCUGUAAUAAUAUCAUAAUAAUGGUCAAUAAUGAAAGAUUUGUACAAGUAAAAGAAUGAAUAGUUACUUUGAUAGUACUUAGUAUCAGACAUAACAACCAACCUCCUAAAAGAAAUUAAAAAGAAGUUAUUGGCAAGUGUGAGAUACAUGAUCUGAUAUUACCAUAUUUUUAUAUAGCAGAUAAUAAAAUGUUCUAGAACAAAAUAUUUAUAUUCAUCAUAUAAUAGUUCAUUUCGAAUCACUUAGAACGUUAUCAAUAUUUUUUUUCAUAAGAAUAUCCAAAUGAUUCAUUUCUAUUCAAUGCUUUAAUCAAUAUUUGAAUAUUAAAUAAUAUUAUUAUGUCCAUUGUAGACCAAUCCACUUAAAUGCGCUUUUUUGCGUGCAAUCAUUAAAUCUUUAACCAGCUGGCAUGAACUGAAACUACCCAUGUGACCAGUGUGCAGAUAAAGCUCAGCUUGUCUUACCAUGAUGUGCACUGUUCCCAUUUUAGUCAGAACUUAUUUUGAAAUUUUCCUUUAAAGGCACAUUAUACCCAAGACAUGCUUUUAUUUGUAUUUCUCAAAGGAUUUUUAUUUUUGGUGUACAUUUAUAGUUUCCAAAAAGUUACUCAUUGGCCAAUUACCUGAACAUUAUUUUUCUUGUGUGAUUUUUGGCUGUUAGAUUGAUUUAUUAUUUUGUAUGGAAGUGAAAAUACUACUUAAUUUA